AUGCCUCCUCCACCACCUCCGGGGAAAGGUGGACACAAGCGACCGGCAGCGCCUCCGGGAGCGCCGCCUCUGAAGCGGCCCACCACUCAGCGAGGUCCGCCGCCUCCUGGUGCCCCGCCAAUGGCCCCCAAACUUCCCCCUGGAGCCAGAGGUCCUCCCCCUCCUCCUCCCAGCAACCGGCCUCCGCCACCUCGGAAUGGCACUAACGGACCGCCUCCACCUCCGGGAUCCGUACCUAAAGACCAGGAGCUUCUCAAGCGAAAACGCCAAUGGCUUGAAUCACAAAAGGUGAGAUACCGAGCGGUGACCACAAAGCGAACGAAGAACCUGGGGGCAGUCAUCCCGAGGAAACCCAUUAUGCCCCGAGAGCACUUGCGCCGGAUCAUGCUUGACCACAAGGAUUUGAGUCUGAAGAAAGUUGCCAGAGACAAACGGGCUCACCUUGGGGCUCUCAAGUAUCUCCCUCACGCUCUCCUCAAAUUGGUCGAGAAUAUGCCCCAGCCCUGGGAGCCGUCACGCGAGGUGAGAGUGGUCUACCAUGUUGCCGGGGCAAUCACAUUUGUCGAUGAGAUCCCUCGAGUGAUCCCCGCAGUGUACUCGGCUCAAUGGGCGAAGCUGUGGCUGCUUAUGCAGAGGGAAAAGGCCGACCGUAAAUUCUUUCUGCGGAUGAAAUUCCCACCCCUCGAUGAUGAGGAGCCGGUGGUAGACUGGCUCGAAAAUCUCGAAGGUAUCACCCCCUUUGAAGCUAUUCGCGACGAAGAUGUCCAACCUAAUGGUGAUAACAUUCCUCUCUCAGAGUGGAUGUAUGAGAAACGGCCACUCGUUGAUGACCGAGACUAUGUUAAUGGGCCCCUGUAUCGCAAAUGGAAACUAGACUUGGAUACUAUGGCCGAGCUUUAUCAAGCCGCGCAAAGUCUUAUUGAUCCCGGAGAUAAAGUGCCACACCCUUACUUGUUCGACAAACUGGCAUUUGCUACUGCCAAAGCAUUGAACGUGGCCAUUCCGGGGGGUCCUAAGUUCGAGCCGCUUUAUCGAGAGCAUACCAAUAAUCCCGAGCUCGAAGAUUACACUGAGUUCAAUUCCUUGGACCGCGUCAUCUGGCGCCAGCCGCGCCGUACCGAGUAUCAAGUGGCAUACCCUUCUUUGCAUAAUGACUUUGUCAAGCUGGUAACCCCUGGUCGUUAUCAUUCCAAUCUUGAUCUUGGUGGGGCCGUUACGGACCACGGCCCCAACGCCUUUGGCUUUGACGCUCUGAUGAACUUGAUACACGAGAACACCCACUUCAACGAGACUAAAGACGAUGAUAAUGUGGUUAAAGCCAUCCCCCCACUUGAGCAUUCGGAACUCACUCCCAAAGGUACAUCAGAAGCACUUGGCCUCUACCAGGCGCCCUAUCCAUUUAAUCUUCGUCUGGGAGCUACCAAACGUGCGGAAGAUGUUCCUCUUGUCAAGCAUUGGUACGCUCGUCGUCGCCCUCUGCCCCGAGCUCCCGUCAAGGUUCGCAUUUCAUACCAGAAACUCUUGAAGAAUGUGGUGAUCAAUGAACAUAAAAGAACCACCAAAAGCCCUUUAUCUCACAAAUCCAUUAUUUCACGGCUCAAGCAGACUCGAUACUUCCAGCAGACCGAGAUCGACUGGCUCGAAGCUGGUCUUCAGGUGGUACAACAAGGUCACAACAUGUUACAGUUGCUCAUACAUCGUAAGGGUCUCACAUUCCUUCAUUUGGAUUACAAUUUUAACCUCAAACCUACCAAAACACUCACCACUAAGGAACGGAAGAAGCUGCGGUUUGGUCACCUGUUCCACUUAGUGCGGGAGCUUUUGCGAAUGGUGAAGAUGGUAGUUGACGCUCAUGUCGAGUAUCGCUUGGGACACGCAGAUGCUUAUCAAUUAGCCGACGGAUUGAACUAUGCUUUUAACCAUUUGGGUCAAUUGACGGGUAUCUAUCGGUAUAAGUAUAAGGUGAUGCAUCAAAUUCGACAAUGCAAGGAUUUGAAGCACGUCAUAUAUGAUCGAUUCAAUCGUCAGAUCGGUAAAGGUCCCGGAUGUGGGUUUUGGCAACCGGCGUGGCGCGUUUGGGUAUUCUUCUUGCGGGGUAUCGUGCCAUUGUUAGAGCGCUGGCUCGGCAACAUGAUCAACAGGCAAUUUGAGGGUAGACGUGCCAAUGACGUUGUCAAGAAUAUCACCAAGCAGCGGGUGGAUCUGUACUACGACUUGGAAUUGCGGGCUCAGGUUCUUCAUGACAUCUUGGACAUGGUGCCAGCCGAGCUCAAGGCGCUGAAACUGAGAACAAUUUUGGGACAUUUGCUGGAAGCAUGGCGGUGCUGGAAAGCCAACAUCCAGUGGAAAGUACCAGGAUUGCCCAAACCGAUCGAGAAGUUGAUUCGGCGAUACAUUGAAGCCAAAGCUAAUGGGUGGAUUGAAUUAACCCACUAUAAUCGGGACCGUUUGCGACGCGGGGUCACCGUGGAAAAGACAGUGGCGAAGAAGAAUUUAGGUCGUCUUACUCGUCUUUAUGUGAAGCAAGAACAGCAGCGACAAGUUAAUCAUCGUCAAGGUGGGCCUCAAAUCAGUCCCGACGAAGCAGUCGUGGUAUUCGACACGAUGGUACAGUGGCUCGAAGCCCGCAAGUUCAAUCCUAUCCCGUUCCCGCCAUUACUGUACAAGCACGACACCAAGAUUCUCGUGUUGGCCCUUGAACAAUUACGGGAAAGUUACGGCGGCGAUGCCCGUCUUAAUUCAUCGCAACGUGAAGAGCUCGCUUUAAUCGAACAAGCAUAUGACAAUCCCCACGAUACAUUGGCUCGUAUCAAGCGAUUCCUUCUUACUCAACGGAUUUUCAAAGAAGUGGGACUUGAGAUGAUGGACUACUAUACGCAUCUAGUGCCAACGUUCACUAUCGACCCCUUGGAGAAGAUUACUGACGCUUAUCUUGAUCAAUACUUGUGGUACGAGGCUCUGACGCGUAACUUGUUCCCUCAUUGGGUCAAACCUUGCGACAAUGAAAUACCUCAAUUUACAUUGUACAGAUGGUGUCAACAAAUGACCAAUGUUGAUCGGGGCCAAGUAUGGGAUACUCUGAGGGGACAACUGGCGGUUAUGGUGCUGCAAAAGCUUGGGAAUUUGAUGGAGAAUGUCGACUUGACCGUACUUAACCGUCUACUCAAAUUGGUAGUCGAUGGAAACAUUGCCGAUUAUAUGACCGCCAAAAACAAUGUGGUUGUUCUGUUCAAAGAUAUGCUGCACGUUAACCAAGUGGGGGUGCUCAAGGGUCUUCAAUAUUCCCUGUUCAUCUACCAGUAUUACGGACUCAUUGCUGACCUUUUAUUUCUUGGGGUCAAGCGGGCUUCUGAGCUCGCUGACCCAGACAUGGUGGGUCGAGGCCCUCACCCCAUUCGCAUGUACAUGCGGUGGAUGGACACGGCUUAUUUUUUCACUAGAUUCGAUCAUGACCAACUGGAGGAGCUUAUUAAUGACUACUUGACCGCACAUCCUGACCCUAGUACUGACUUGGUCAAGGGAUACCCGAACAAGCGUUGCUGGCCACAGGACGCACGAAUGCGACUCAUGAGACACGAUGUGACGUUAGGAAGAGCUGUACAAUGGGAAUUAUCCCAGCGUAUCCCGCUGCUGGUAGCUCUGACUCGCUGGGAAGAUUCUAUGUGCCUGGUGUAUCUGAUUGACAAUCCCAAUGUGGUGUUUGGCAUGAUGGGAUUUGAGGUACGAGUACUCCCCAAAUGUCGCACUAGGGAUAUGUAUUUCGUAUCUAGUGAGCCUCGCGAAGGUGCUUGGGAUCUUGUCGACACCACUACUCGUCAGCGUACUGCAGUGGCGUAUCUUCAAGUGUCGCCUGAGGACAUUGAUCGAUUUGUUCUGAGAAUUCGUCAAAUUUUGAUGCUGAGUGCGCUGACCACAUUCACUAAAGUGGCGCAGAAAUGGAACACGGCCUUGAUUGGUCUUGUAACGUAUUAUCGCGAAGCUAUCAUUGCCACGCCUGCUUUGUUAGACGCUCUUGUCAAGUGUGAAACUCGUAUUCAAAAUCGGGUGAAAAUGGGGCUCAAUCUGAAAAUGCCAACGCGAUUCCCGCCGUGUGUGUUUUACUCACCUAAAGAACUUGGUGGGCUCGGCAUGUUGCUGGCACUGCACGUCCUUAUCCCGAUUCUGGAUUUACUGUGGCUGAAGCAAGCUGAGCUGGGACAAAUUACUCAUUUCCGAGCUGGUCUCAAUAAUAGUGGUGGCGAGAACCCCGUCAUUCCCAACGUCUUCCGUUACGUCACCACUUGGGAAGAUGAAUUCGGCGACUCGCAGAGAGUGUGGGCUGAAUACAGCAUUAAGCGGCAAGAGGCUCUGGAACAGGGACGAAAGUUGACAUUUGAGGACAUGGAACUGCUGUGGGACCGAGGCAUCCCUCGUAUUCUGACGCUUUUUCAAAAAGAUCGUCACACUUUAGCCUACGAUAAGGGACACAGAGUGAGAAGAUUGUGUAAGCAAUACUGGCUUGGACGGAUCACUCCAUUCUGGUGGACGCUGGCUUCCCACGAUGGUAAAUUGUGGAACUUUAAUACUUAUCGAACAGAUAUGAUCCAAGCCCUUGGUGGUAUCGAAACCAUUUUGGAGCAUACCUUAUUCAAGGCCACUGGGUUUGCUCUGUGGGAAGGCUUAUUUUGGGAGAAGCAGACUGGGUUUGAAGAGCUGUUGAAGUUCAAGAAGUUGACUAAUGCCCAACGUCUGGGGUUAUCGCAAAUUCCUAAUCGGAGAUUUACGCUUUGGUGGCUGCCAACAAUCAACAGAGCCAACGUGUACGUUGGGUUCCUUGUCCAACUUGACUUGACUGGGAUCUUCUUGCAUGGGAAAAUCCCCACUCUCAAAAUCUCCUUGGUGCAAUUGUUCCGAGGCCAUUUGUGGCAGAAGAUUCACGAGCUGGUAGUACAAGACUUGUGUCAAGUUUUCGAUAAAGAGGUGGAUAAUUUGGGGAUAGAUACUGUUGAAAAACAACCAAUCCACCCUCGUAAGUCGUAUAAGAUGACUCUGGGUGAGGCUGAUGUCAAAGUCACUCUGGCGUUCCCUUGGCCAGUUACGCUGCCAUCUCUUUUGUUGGAUGACGAUACCAAUGCCACCACCACUGCAACCAAAUGGUGGGUUGACGUUCAAAUUCGUUUUGGUGAUUAUGAUUCUCAUGAUGUGCUGCGGUACGCCAGAGCGAAGUAUCUCGACUAUACCACUGAUAACAUUAGUAAAUACCCUCUGCCGUUUGGGGUGGUUGUGGCAAUCGAUCUAGCUUACAAUUGCUAUGAUGCAUUCGGUAACUGGCCUCCAGGGUUCAAAGUAUUGAUGCAAAAUGCUUUGAGGGAAAUCACUAAACUGAACCCGGCAUUAGCCGUUUACCGUGAACGUGUCCGGAAGGGUCUUUCUUUGUACCAGCUGCAACCGCAAGAGGCACAGUUACUGGCGGGGAAUUACCAGGAACUUUUCAGCGGCAAGCGUAAACUUGUUAUUGAUGAUGCCAAUGUUUAUCGGGUGACUUUACAUAAGACGGAGGAAGGAAACAUGGCGACGAGACCGAUCAAUGGUGCUCUUUUCAUGAUGGUGCCAACACUGGGUAAGCUUUUCCUCAAAGUGAUCCACAAGCUGGUAUUUGCGGGUCAAAAGAGAAGAGGUCAAUUGGCUAAGUGGAAGCUGGCAGAAGAAGUGGUGGCACUUAUGCGGGCAUUGCCCAAGGAAGAACAACCUGAACAGCUUGUGCUCACUCGUAAAGGUGUCAUGGAUGCUCUUGAAGCCCAAACACUCGACUUUCCCAAUUUGGGAUUGAGAAAUUCUGAGCUCAAACUCCCCUUCCUGGCGGCAUUAAAAGUACCCAAAUUAGCUGCAAUUGUCGAGGAUCUGGAAAAACCUGAGUUGGUGUUGCUCAACCUAUAUGAUGACUGGCUACAGGAGGUUCUGCCAUUGACAGCUUUCAAUCGUUUAGUGCUUAUUUUGCGAGCGUUUUUGUUGAAUUCCGAGAAAGCGCAGAGAACAGUUUAUCCUGAUGGUGUCGAUGUACUUCAACACCACAUCUGGCCGAUGUACUCGGCUAGUGAAUGGAUGGACGUUGAAGCGCUGCUCCGAGAUAUCAUUUUGGCGGACUUUGCCACCAAGUAUGGCAUCCUGACCAAUACACUUACGGCCCUGGAGAUCAGGCUGCUCAUUUUGGGAGAGGAGAUUCGUGCCCCUGAUACUUCUAGAGAGGCCAUGGCCCAAAUUGAAGAUUCCAACACUGAAGAAAAGAAUCCACAACUAGCUGCAGUCAAAACCACCACCACCAACGUUCAUGGGGAGGAAAUCAUCACGGUGACGACCACUGGCUAUGAGCAGCAAGCGUUUGCUCUGAAAAAUGAAUGGCGUCAACGGAUGCUCGCAGCUAAUUCUCUCCACUUGCGGGCGAAGACUUUACAAGUUCGCCUGGAAGACAAUGACGGAGUUAUGUUUGUGUUACCUCAAUCUCUUUUGACUCGGUUUGUGUUGUGUUGUGAUUUAAGAAUUCCAGUCAUGGGCUAUUUGUACGGGAAGCUGCCUUCUGGUGAGAACGAGAUCAAGGAGAUCAAGUUCAUCGCAUUAGUCCCUCAACUUGGUGGUGCCGGGGGAGUUAAAACGCCUAAAUCUCUUGCGCCAUUACCUAAGGAGUUAAAGGACCUCGAGCUCAUUGGCUGGAUCCAAUCUCUGUCACUGGAAUCCGAAAUCAUGUCAGCGUUGCAGGUUCUGACAAUUGCCAAGAUGGAGUUGGGGUCAUCGAGAUUUUUGUCGAUGACAGUCUCAUUUACUCCCGGGUCGAUAACGAUUAGUGGUCACCAUGUAACUGAAGCGGGCCUUGCCUGGGGUCAGACUAAUGAGGAUACCGUACUGGAGACACCUGAAGGAUCUCUUGGAGCUCUGUUUAGUGUCGGCGCCGAAAUCAUGAUGACUGAUCAAUUACUGGGCGCCUUUUUAGUCCCUGAGGAUCGUCUAUGGAACUAUUAUUUCAUGGGUUCGUUGUGGAAUACUGACAUGGAAUAUAGAUUUGCAGUUGAUGAUCCCCGAGGAUUUUACGACGAAAAUCACCGUCCUCUUCACUUCAGUCUGUUUGGGAAAAUAACUGGCGGCGAUGAUGCCGACGACGACGAUGAUGAUAAUUUAGCAUAA